AUGAAGCGCAGCUACCGAGACAGCAAACCCCGUUUUCACAAGCAUCGGCAGGGCAAAAUGCUCCUACCGCACAACCACCUCGCUGGACUGUUCUUCACGGUGAACCCUCGCCAGGAGCCGCGCGCGCAGCGGGAGGCGCAGCUUUACCUGUCCACUCUCACCUCCGACCUGGAGGCCGCGCAUGAGGCGUUCAUCAAAAGCAGCCACACAACCUCCAGCAGCGCCAACGACGCCGCCGGCCGCAGCAGCAACGACCAGGUCGACGCCACCGUUCCCCCGCCGUCCGCCUCGCUGUCAAGCCUCCUCGCGGCAGAGCUAGCGGCCUGUAGCACGCACGACGCCAACGGAAACAGGUUCAACACAACAAAGCGGCCACGCUCGGAGGACGAUGAGGCCGACGAGGACUCGCCAGCGGACAACGGUGCUGACAGCGAGCCAGGCAGCCGCCGCCGCCGCGACACGCCGCAUCGGCGCAGCGAAUGGUUCGCGCCACUGGAGACUGGCUGCAAAGGGUAUCUCUUCCUCAACGUGCCGACCGUGAACGCCACCGUAACCUGCCCAACGUGCCACGCCGUCUCUAACCUCGCCACCAAGGCGGAAGGCGUAACGGCAGCGCCCGGGGCCGGUGGUGCAGCGCCGUCGACAACGGAGGCAGACGCGUUGCCGCCGCACACGAUUGUAGUGAACCCCCUUGUCUCCCGCAUCACUGAGCGCAUGUUCGAAGAUCUCGCGGCCAAUCCCCGGCCGAUCUUCCGCAACUGCUUCCGGUUGAUGCCGGCCGAGCUGACGUGCUGUCCCACACUACCAGAGAUGCAGGCGGCGCUGCGCAAGCUGCUGUCCCUCCACUUCGCAGCGGAGAUGGCCGACAGCACUGUUGCGGCAGAUGACAGGGUGGACUUUGCGCAGCGCAUUCCGCUGCCGUCCUGGGGUGCGGACCGGCCGCGCCGCUCGAUGCACACCAUUGCGCUACAGCUCACCGUGAAGAACAACACGAGCGUCGAGCGGAAGAAGGGCGCCAUGGCGUCCGCGCUCACAGCCGCGAUCCCCGCCAACCGCUUCAUUGUUGUCGCGCAACCGUCGCACAAGACGAAGUGCACGGUGGAGGCGACCGUCUGCAUUUUCGUGGCGCACGCAACAUGCGUCAUGGGCGUGCAGCGCCGUGUCACGGAGCGGCACAGCUUCAACCUGCACGCCGUCGGCGAGGAAGCAUUUGUUUUAUCCAACGCAGUUCAAGCCACCCCCAAGGCCGAGCAGCGCACCGUUCGGCAUGAGUAG